UCUCGUUGCGUCAACAAUGCGCCGAGUCUUGUCAAUACCGCACGAAUUUCACCUUGUUGUGAACCCGCCUGGACGGGCAGAUUCAUUAACGCAACAACUACGCUAAGAACGUCAUGCCGAAGUAUUGUUCGGUGCCCAACUGUAAAAAUGACUCAGCGAGCAGCAGUGACCGGAAAAGCUUCUACAAGUUUCCCCUGCAGGACCCGGAGCGGCUGCAGCUGUGGCUGAGAAGCGUGGGACGGGAGAAUUGGACUCCCUCGCGACACCAGUACAUCUGCCACGAACACUUUGCGGCGUCGUGCUUCAAGGUGCGCUGGGGGAUUCGUUACCUGGAGAGUGACGCUGUGCCCACCAUCUUCCAGAAGGCCGAGAAACGCAAAGUGAUGGAUGGCAGUGAGAAGAACGCCAAACUGCUUUGUGCUAACGCUAAUCAAAGCCUUGCGCUGUUAGAUGACAGAGCAGUAGCGCAGGUUGAUUUGUCACAGCAGCAGCAAACCAGUUUGGGGGAGUCUGGUGAGGGUGCAGAACCCAACACGUUGGAUGUGGUGGGGGAUUCAAACGCAGCUGCAAACCUUCCUUUCACCGUAAUGCAGCCAGUCAAUGAUCACAGUAACGGCGAGGUGGUGGUGCUGUCUGGUGAUGGCCAACAGGAGCUGGUGGGCGGGAUCACUGCAGCUAUUCCCAACCCAGCCUAUAGACUUGUUUUAAGCGACCCGCCACCUGAAGAAAUCCCCACAGCAGAAUCAUGCCAUGUCCAACAAGGCCACCAAACGCAGGUCAUCGCCUACUUUGAGACCAUACCAAACGUACUCCCCAGCGACGUGUGCACGCAGCUGCUCAUCUCCUCUGACAUGGUGCUGUCUUCCGCUCUGAGCCCCGAGCCCAUUGCGUCCACUCUUCCUAUCGUGUCCAAGCACGCGCCUCCGCCGCCGUCGCUUUCCCUCAGCUUGGAGGCAGACAGAGGUAACGACCAACCGCAGGAUGCCGCCGUGGGUAGACAAGACCACCAGCUGGAGGAGCACUGCUACCACAAGCACCGUCUGAGCAAGGAGCAACUGGAGGCUAUUGUGGCCGAGCUGCAGAAGAAGGUGAAAGUUCUGCAGCAGCGGCACCGGUGUCACCUGGAGAAACUUCUAGGCCUGGAGACGACAGUGAGCCACCUGAGGCAAAGCAACCUGCUGACUGAGGAGCGACUGCAGCUUCUGGAGAGGGCGUACUUCCAGACCAGUGCUGCCAUGUGUGACACUGGCGAGACCGUGGCCAUCAUCUGUGAGGAAGACGACGCAGCCUAUUUCUACAGUCGUCUGAUUGACGGCGAGGAGAAGCUGUGAAGGUCACGCGUCUGCACGACAAGAUAACAUUUAAUGACAUGGCCAAAGAAAGACAAACGCACACUACUGGGAGUUUUUGGGAUCAUUGAUUGAAACGUGGCUAUCGGUUAAAGCUGUGAGACUUGCACAAUUAUGGAUAAUAACUGGGGACAAUGUUUUUUUUUUUUCAAUGUUUUUUUCACUCCCCUUUCAUUGCAACAACUUUUUGUUUCAAAUCGAAUUAAAAAUAACGCUCAUUCA